UUGUUUUGAAUUUCGAAAAGUGCGUUCAGCAUGUGAAAAGCUAUCGUUGAUUUAUUUUUAAUUAGUGUUAUCUGGAUGUUUCGCUUAAUUAUUAUAUUUUUAAAUCAAAAUUCGUAGAAUUUCUUAGAAUUAUUAUGUUUCUAUAACUUUCUUUUUAUUUUAAAAUUAAAUAAUUUGCUAAAAUGGAUUCGGAAAAUAGUAGCCAAACAGAAAGUUCAAAACUUGAUUUUGAUCAACUUUCUCUCAUAUUACUUAAUCCCUCUAAAAGGAUAAGUGACAGAAUAAUUUUGCCUGUGAGUCUGGCUGGACAUCAGUUUAAAUCAAAAGAUGAAUUAAGAGUGGAAGCGGCUUUUGAAAGUUGCACCUUUAAGACAGUAACAAGUUGUGCUGUUGGUUUUGGAUUUGGUGCUUUUAUGGGUUUAAUUUCUGCUAGUAUGGAUCCAAAUACAGGAAUUGCACCAGAAAAACAAACAGUUAAAAUGAUACUGAAAGAUUUUAAAGUCAAAACAAUGGGGUAUGGAAAAAACUUUGCCAUAAUUGGUGCUCUGUUUGCUGCAAUAGAAUGUAAUAUUGAAAAUCACAGAGGGAAAAGUGACUGGAAAAAUGGCACAAUGGCUGGUGGCAUAACAGGAGGACUCAUUGGUCUAAGAGCUGGUGUAAAAGCAGGUGUCCUAGGAGCUGCAGGAUUUGCAGCAUUUUCAACAAUAAUUGAUUAUUAUAUGAGAUCGUAGAUACAAUGUAUAUUUUGUAAAUAUAUUAAAAUAAAUAUUAUAUUGAA